UUAAUUCCGUGUUUUCCACUUAAUCAAAUUUGUGAAUGAAAUAAUAUCUGGCUGACAGCAAUAAUAUGUUAAAGUGUUACUUAAUCCGAAUAAAUAUAAUAAAAAGUUCACUAAUAAAAAAAUGUCACAAAGAAUUAUUGAAGUAGAACGUGUACUGAGUGGGUGAUAAAUUCGUGUUAUUCUAUUGUGGAAACGAAGAUUUUCACAUCAGGCAAAAAUACCAGUUAAAACCAACUACCGAAUCAUUGUACAAAGGCGGAAAAUUGUGGAAAUUUCCUAAAAUAUUUAGUAUUUUAGCUUGCAUAUGUUAGCAGAGCAGUACAAUUCAUAAACGGUGUGGGAGUAGACGCGUGCCACCAGUCAGCGAAAAUGCUCUCAAUUCAGCAAGUUAUCAAAGCUCUCCGAAUGCUACAAAAUAGUAGCACUAAAUUUGUUGGCGGUGAGUUAAUAAGACAAAACUUCAAUCGAAUUGUGGCUGAGACGUCCGUAAACGCUACUAAAUCUGAAAAUGUAAUGAAUGCGUUAGGCGCAAUUCCUCCACCCACGGAAAGUGCAUUUGCCUUGGCAACGACACUUGUGACGUCACCACCACAAUCGUUAACCGAUGAGAUGAUAUCACCAAAACAACAACUGCAACCACACCAAAUUGAGAGCAAGCAACAGCUGUUCCUGGCAACUAUUUCUAGUCAAACACAACAACCACAAACAUAUCAGCAACAACCACUGCGGCAUUCACAAGUACACGAAGUUAAAUGUGGAACUAGUGUAGAGCGUAGCGUCAGUGUUGAUUUGCCAGCGAUUGAAAACGGUGGUGGCACAGCUGGUGCGGCAAACCAAAUUGACGUGCAUUCAUUUAAGACGACAACAACAACAACAAACGCGCAUGCUUCAAAUUAUAGAAAAGCAAUCGUAACUUCAACUGUAACACGUUCUCAACAGAUACAUAAAUUCUAUCAGCAGCAUCUGCAUCACUUCCAUACACAGAACAAUCAAAGUUUAGAAAAUAAACAAACACAAUAUAACGCAAUGUCAUCGUUGGCGGCUGAACCUAAAACAUUAAAGCAGGAGGAACAAACUGCGGCUACAACAAAUGGACAGUAUACACCAGAGGACGGAAAUACCAGUAAUGGCAGCAGCUGUAAUGGCAAUGAGCAGAAAAAUUCGUCCGAUAAGCCGUGCUUCAAUGCCGGACUUGGUCAAAUACUACAGUUUAUGGAGUUAAUAGGCAAUUUAAAGCAUACGAAGCGUACGGGCUGGGUGCUGCGCAACGUCAGCGACCCCGAAUCGAUAUCGGGUCAUAUGUAUCGCAUGAGUAUGAUGACUUUUCUAUUGGACGGUAGCGAAGGUCUCAAUCAGAUACGCUGCAUGGAAUUGGCGUUGGUGCACGAUCUGGCCGAAAGUGUAGUUGGCGAUCUCACGCCCUUCUGUGGCGUCUCCAAAGCGGACAAACGCGCUAUGGAAUUCAAGGCAAUGGAAGACAUUUGCAAGUUAAUAGAACCGCGCGGCAAGCGUAUCAUGGAACUCUUCGAGGAAUACGAAGCGGGUGAAAGCGCUGAAUCGAAAUUCGUAAAAGACCUCGAUCGACUCGAUAUGAUUAUGCAGGCAUUUGAGUAUGAGAAACGUGAUAAUUGCCUGCUGAAACAUCAGGAGUUCUUCGAUUCAACUGAGGGCAAAUUCAAUCAUCCAUUCAUUAAGAAACUGGUCGAUGAAAUCUACGUUCAGCGACAGAAUUUGGCGCGCGCUGAGGGCGCUACGCCACCACCGCCAGUGCAAGUGCCCGAUAUUGAGACAUUGCCCAGCACCAAUGGCCAGCACAAGAGCGCGGAUGCGGUUGUGACACCAGCUGUGGCGUCGCCAAAGAGUGAAACCAGCACCAGCAGUUGAUUGCGCAGCAGCACGAUGGGCAGGCAAGGCGAAAGUAGUAAGAAGUAGCUGCUGGCUCUGGCAAUUUAAAUGCCAUAGAAACUGUCAUUCACGGAUUUGUUUGACAACGUUUUAAAUUAUAUAUUCUCUCGCAUAAGUAAAAUUACAAAAUAAACGCGGUAGUUAGUACUUUACGCUGUGCAUAGUAGAUUUUCUUUUUGUUUUGCACUAAGCAAACGAACUAAUUUUUGAACAAAAUUUUAUUUAAUUUAACUUAACACACGUCUUAGUGCACAUUGUAUUUAAAAGUGUAAUGUUCAGUAGCUUAAGUUAAACUAUAGUAAUUUAAUGGCCAUUAUUUUACCUGCUGCACGCUACAACAAAGGGUUGUAAAGCGCGGAUUUUAACGUUGGUUUUAAUUGUUAUUUUAAAACUAAAUCACUUAAACUAUAUAUGCAUAGUUAUUUUUUGAUAAACGUUAUAAGUAUUUCAUUGUUCCAUGCUACAUUGUAAUCUACUGUAAUAGCAAAUUGAAUCGGAGUAAUAGGCACUUAUGUAAUUUAAUUUCUAUAACACUAAUUGCCUUUUCGCACAGGAGAUAAAUGAUCAAUUAAACGGCUUUUGCUCGAUUAAAGCGCUGAUUUAGAUCGAUUUACUAUACAAAAUAAAUCUACAUUUAUUUCUAAUUGAAUUUUAAUCGACUUGAAAAUCAAAUGCAACUCUGCGACAAAGACGUACGAUAUACGUUCUUCGUCUGGGAUUGGCUGAAUAUUUUGAUAAAAUAGCAUUAAUACUACGCGACUGUAGAUGUCCCUGCUGGCAAUAAUGGCUGUGGUUAUUGCAAAAAUAGCAAUAAACUGUUGAAACUUACCAACUUCUUAUGAAAAGAAAAAACAAAAAUGUAUAACAGCUGAUCGAUUAUCUAGUAGGCGGUAGUGCGAAAAGCGAAAACUGGUUUCUCAAUUAAAAUUUUAAUUGAUUACUUAAUUUGGCUGUGCGAAAAGGCUAUAAUAACUUAAAACAAUUAUAAUUGUUGUGACAGCAUAAAAUAAUCUUGCUGCUGAUUUGAGUGACAGUCCUUGGUAGAAUAUAAUAAAUAAUGGUGUAGUGGAUCCCAUUGACGUGGUAAUCUUUCAUUCGGUGGUGAAAAGCAGUAAGCGUUGACAAUGAGGGAUUAAAAAAGUUUAAUUAAGGACUUGAAAGUAAUAUUAUUUACACCAAUUUUAAAAUGUUGGUUAUAUAUCGAUAUAUAAUUUGGUAAUCACCACUUGUAAUCACUACCAAAGCCAUUCUGAAGUAGCUGUUGUAAGCGUUUACUGUUUUACCACCACAAAGAAUCAUUACCAUGUACAGUAACAGUGAAAUAAGACUGACGAAAUAAGUGGUUAGCAAAUUUAUGAACGCUAAAAUUAAAAUUGUAUUCACCACAAGUGUCACAUGCCAUUACAAACUUUUUGAGAAACUGCAGUUAGUCGAUUUCGAAGUAAUAAAUACAAAUAUAUACAGGCAUAAUUUAAAAUCAACUACUCUUUGAAAUGUUUGUAAAAGUUUACGAAGCACACGAAACAUUGUGAUAACUUUCUACUUUUUAUUUCAUUUGAAAUUGUAGCACACCUAACCUUAAAAAACGAAAGCUUAUUGAGGUGAGUUACUUAACAGUGUAUGUGCUUUAUUUUUUUUAUCGAAAAAUCCAACAUAAAUAAAUUAUUUACAACAAAUUUUUAAAUAAAAGCCUAAAAGUUAAUGCACUGCGCCAUUUCGUAAAUCAAAUAUAUGUAAAAAAAGAGUAUUUAAUCAAAAAACCCAAUAACCAAAUGUCUAUAAAAAUAUAUUUUAUUUAUAUAAUAACCUUUACUUCUACCAAACAUAAAAAGUUAUCAUCACGCUCUUUUAUUUUAUUUAGAGGUAAGCUUACAGCUUAAUUUUAUGACACAGCACACUUGUACU